AAAUAUAGUGAAAGAGGAAGUAAAAACGAUGUUUUAUUUGAAUUGAAGAUAGAAAUGCUCUAAAUGGAAUAUUAAAAAAAAAUGAAAAAGAGGACGAAAAAAUCAUAAACUUGGGAUCAUGAUACGUUUAUUUAAUUGUUUUUUCAUUGUUCUGUUUGUCGUGCCAUUUGUAAAGUUAAGCCAUUUUCGUGGAGGUUUACUAACAUGGAGAGCAAUUAAUGAAACAACGAUUACGGUGCAUCAUCGUAUUUCAUAUGUGUACACUCACAAUUGCCCAACAAGUAGUACAACUGAUUCAUUACAAUGCUUCGCCGGUUGUAAUGGAAGUGUCAGCAUGAUAGGACAGUGUACGGACUAUAGUGCAACUGAAAACUGGGCAGAUAGUGAGGGAGAUACAGAUUUUACAUUUACAUCAUAUACAACAUCACUUUUGAUGAGAUUUGCUAGCAGUGCCUGGAUUACUUUACUCAAUGGUGGAAGCUCAUGGUCCUUACAAAUGACUGUUGAUCUAUCCAUGCGUUCUGAUACAGGAAAAAUUAACCAAUCACCUGUCUCAGCAAUGGCUUCAUCUGUCAAAGUUCUAAAUUCGUGUUCCUCACAGCCAAUUAUAAUUCCAGUUGCGGACUAUGAUGGAGAUGACGUACGUUGUCGAUUUGCCAGUUCCGCGGCAGAAUGCGCUGGUAUUUGUAGCGUACCUUCUUCAUACUUUUCAUUGCAUGGGCCAACAUGUAAAUUAACGUACAGUGGAACCGCCCCUGAUGGUAAUUACGCCAUCGCAAUACAGAUAGAGGAUUUCACAAGCCAAGCCUCUAGUUUGGCUCUGAGCAGUGUUCCUCUACAAUUUAUCGUAAACGUUAACUCAACUGGCUCAUGUUCUAACCAACCUACAUUUUUAUCCCCAACUCCUGCCAACGGGUCAACAAUACAAGCUUAUAAUGGUUCCCUGGAGUUACAAGUGCGGGUGAUUAUUAUAUAUAGCGAAUGGAUCAACAAAUUUCAUAUUUUGUCACCACUCAAUCUUCUGAUGUCUGCUAUUUCAAAUCCAGCGCCUUCCGAGUAUGAAGUAACGAUAUCAUUUACGGCAACUCAUGUAGAUCAGUUUGGAGAAUAUAUCUUAUGUUUCUCAGCGGAAACAAACAAUAGACUUUCGUCUUAUUCACGGUGCAUUACAGUAAAUCUUACAGAUAUUGAUGCAUGUGCUGGAAAUCCUUGUCAAAACAGUGGAACUUGUGUGGACCUCAUCAAUGAUUACAACUGCAGUUGUGUUGCAGGAUUUAAUGGAACAAACUGUGAGGAGAAUAUAGAUGAAUGUGCAGAAAAUCCUUGUCAAAACAAUGCAACAUGUGAGGACCUCAUCAAUGAUUACAACUGCAGUUGUGAGGCAGGAUUUAAUGGAACAAACUGUGAGGAGAAUAUUGAUGACUGUGCCGAUAGUCCUUGUCAGAACAAUGGUACAUGUGCGGACCUCAUCAAUGCUUAUGAGUGUAGCUGUGCUCCUGGAUUUAAUGGAACCAAUUGCGAGGAAGAUAUUGAUGAAUGUUCUGAAAAUCCAUGUCAGAACAAUGGGACAUGCCUUGAUCUCAUCAAUGAUUACCAAUGUAACUGUGCUGCAGGUUUCAAUGACACAAAUUGUACAAACAGUGAUUGUGAGGCAGGAUUUAAUGGAACAAACUGUGAGGAGAAUAUUGAUGACUGUGCCGAUAGUCCUUGUCAGAACAAUGGAACAUGUGCGGACCUCAUCAAUGCUUAUGAGUGUAGCUGUGCUCCUGGAUUUAAUGGAACCAAUUGCGAGGAAGAUAUUGAUGAAUGUGCUGAAAAUCCAUGUGAGAACAAUGGGACAUGCCUUGAUCUCAUCAAUGAUUACCAAUGUGACUGUGUUGCAGGAUUCAAUGACACUAAUUGUACAAACAAUAUAGAUGAAUGUGCAGAAAAUCCUUGUCAAAACAAUGCAACAUGUGAGGACCUCAUCAAUGAUUACAACUGCACUUGUGAGGCAGGAUUUAAUGGAACAAACUGUGAGGAGAAUAUUGAUGAAUGUGCCGAUAGUCCUUGUCAGAACAAUGGAACAUGUGCGGACCGCAUCAAUGCUUAUGAGUGUAGCUGUGCUCCUGGAUUUAAUGGAACCAAUUGCGAGGAAGAUAUUGAUGAAUGUGUUGAAAAUCCAUGUCAGAACAAUGGGACAUGCCUUGAUCUCAUCAAUGAUUACCAAUGUAACUGUGCUGCAGGAUUCAAUGACACUAAUUGUACAAACAAUAUAGAUGAAUGUGCAGAAAAUCCUUGUCAAAACAAUGCAACAUGUGAGGACCUCAUCAAUGAUUACAACUGCACUUGUGAGGCAGGAUUUAAUGGAACAAACUGUGAGGAGAAUAUUGAUGAAUGUGCCGAUAAUCCUUGUCAGAACAAUGGAACAUGUGCGGACCUCAUCAAUGCUUAUGAGUGUAGCUGUGCUCCUGGAUUUAAUGGAACCAAUUGCGAGGAAGAUAUUGAUGAAUGUGCUGAAAAUCCAUGUCAGAACAAUGGGACAUGCCUUGAUCUCAUCAAUGAUUACCAAUGUAACUGUGCUGCAGGAUUCAAUGACACUAAUUGUACAAACAAUAUAGAUGAAUGUGCAGAAAAUCCUUGUCAAAACAAUGCAACAUGUGAGGACCUCAUCAAUGAUUACAACUGCACUUGUGAGGCAGGAUUUAAUGGAACAAACUGUGAGGAGAAUAUUGAUGAAUGUGCCGAUAAUCCUUGUCAGAACAAUGGAACAUGUGCGGACCUCAUCAAUGCUUAUGAGUGUAGCUGUGCUCCUGGAUUUAAUGGAACCGAUUGCGAGGAAGAUAUUGAUGAAUGUGCUGAAAAUCCAUGUCAGAACAAUGGGACAUGCCUUGAUCUCAUCAAUGAUUACCAAUGUAACUGUGCUGCGGGAUUCAAUGACACAAAUUGUACAAACAAUAUAGAUGAAUGUGCAGAAAAUCCUUGUCAAAACAAUGCAACAUGUGAGGACCUCAUCAAUGAUUACAACUGCACUUGUGAGGCAGGAUUUAAUGGAACAAACUGUGAGGAGAAUAUUGAUGAAUGUGCCGAUAAUCCUUGUCAGAACAAUGGAACAUGUGCGGACCUCAUCAAUGCUUAUGAGUGUAGCUGUGCUCCUGGAUUUAAUGGAACCGAUUGCGAGGAAGAUAUAGAUGAAUGUGCAGAAAAUCCUUGUCAAAACAAUGCAACAUGUGAGGACCUCAUCAAUGAUUACAACUGCACUUGUGAGGCAGGAUUUAAUGGAACAAACUGUGAGGAGAAUAUUGAUGAAUGUGCCGAUAAUCCUUGUCAGAACAAUGGAACAUGUGCGGACCUCAUCAAUGCUUAUGAGUGUAGCUGUGCUCCUGGAUUUAAUGGAACCAAUUGCGAGGAAGAUAUUGAUGAAUGUGCUGAAAAUCCAUGUCAGAACAAUGGGACAUGCCUUGAUCUCAUCAAUGAUUACCAAUGUAACUGUGCUGCAGGAUUCAAUGACACUAAUUGUACAAACAAUAUAGAUGAAUGUGCAGAAAAUCCUUGUCAAAACAAUGCAACAUGUGAGGACCUCAUCAAUGAUUACAACUGCACUUGUGAGGCAGGAUUUAAUGGAACAAACUGUGAGGAGAAUAUUGAUGAAUGUGCCGAUAAUCCUUGUCAGAACAAUGGAACAUGUGCGGACCUCAUCAAUGCUUAUGAGUGUAGCUGUGCUCCUGGAUUUAAUGGAACCGAUUGCGAGGAAGAUAUUGAUGAAUGUGCUGAAAAUCCAUGUCAGAACAAUGGGACAUGCCUUGAUCUCAUCAAUGAUUACCAAUGUAACUGUGCUGCGGGAUUCAAUGACACAAAUUGUACAAACAAUAUAGAUGAAUGUGCAGAAAAUCCUUGUCAAAACAAUGCAACAUGUGAGGACCUCAUCAAUGAUUACAACUGCACUUGUGAGGCAGGAUUUAAUGGAACAAACUGUGAGGAGAAUAUUGAUGAAUGUGCUGAAAAUCCAUGUCAGAACAAUGGGACAUGCCUUGAUCUCAUCAAUGAUUACCAAUGUAACUGUGCUGCAGGAUUCAAUGACACAAAUUGUACAAACAAUAUAGAUGAAUGUGCAGAAAAUCCUUGUCAAAACAAUGCAACAUGUGAGGACAUCAUCAAUGAUUACAACUGCACUUGUGAGGCAGGAUUUAAUGGAACAAACUGUGAGGAGA